AUGGAUAACUUAGUCCAUUUUACAAAAGGCAUCUUUACGGACAACCCUUAUUUCAGUGCAGGUGCUGGUUUAUUUGGUGUGGGUAUGGGUGUGGCUCUAUUACGUCGAUGCGGUCAAGUUGCCUCUGUUCUGCUUCGUCGAAAUCUGACAUUGACAAUGGAAAUAGCCAGCCACGACAGCUCCUAUCAAUGGGUCAUGCAUUGGCUCUCGAAGCGGGCCCGCUGUACAAGAGACAGCAGGUUACAAAAAGGCGCUGGGCAGCAUUUCAGCGUCGAAACAAGUGUCGUGCGCACUGAGGCUGGUCGAAUUAAAGCAGCAUUUGAGUUUAUACCGAGCACCGGUGUUCACUACUUGUUUUACCAAGGCCGUAUUUUACGCGUGGAGCGUAUCAGAUCGCAACAGACGCUUCAGGGUGCUUCUGUUGCUCCCUUUGAAAGUGUUACUCUCACCACACUGGGCUUCGAUACACAGAUUUUCAGGGAUAUUCUUGAGGAGGCUAGAUGUGCCGCUAUCGCGAAGGAUAAGGGAUGGACUGUCAUUUACAAGGCCUUCGGAUCCGAGUGGCGCCAAUUUGGAUAUCCACGUCCCCGACGUCCGCUUAAUUCGGUCGUCCUGGGCGAAGGCGUAGCUGAAUCCAUUACAGCGGAUAUAAAGGAGUUUAUCAGCAGCCCCGAUUGGUAUUCCGCUCGAGGUAUACCCUACCGUCGUGGCUAUCUUCUUUAUGGUCCACCAGGCUGUGGGAAAAGCAGCUUUAUAACUGCCCUUGCUGGCCACCUCGAGUACAACAUCUGUGUGCUCAAUCUCAGUGAUCUGGGGAUGUCGGCCGAUAGGUUGGACCACCUUCUAACCCACGCACCUCUUCAAUCGAUCAUCCUCCUUGAAGACAUCGAUGCCGCCCUGCCUAGUCGCGAAGAGCCCAUUAAUCUGGCUCAGCGAUAUGGUCGUGCCUAUGAGGGCAUGCAGGGCCUCACUAUGAGUGGUCUACUCAACGCCCUCGAUGGCGUGGCCUCAACUGACGGUCGAAUCCUCUUCAUGACUACAAACUACGUUGACCGCCUGGAUCCAGCUUUGGUGAGACCAGGACGAGUGGACUUCAAGGCAGAGAUAGGGCUGUGUACUGAGGACCAACUCUCCCGCAUGUUUUCGCGUUUCUAUCCUGAAAAGGAAGUUGUAGAGGAAUCUCUGGCAGUGUCUUUUGCUGCGGCAUUGGGUGGGGGCUUGGUGAGUGCAGCGCAGGUUCAGGGCUUUCUUUUGGUGCACAAGUCAUCGCCUCAAAGUGCCAUGGAUGCUCUGCCUGAGUUCAGGGAGAAGUGCCUCCUACACCGGGAUAAAUCAUAG